CAAAACUGACGGCAUCAUUUUGAACGUUUUACAUCACCCACGAACGUUUGAGAUAAAGCACGCACACCAUGAACAAAUACGUACUGUCGUUUAUGGUUGCAUUGUUGUCGUUCACCGUCGUCUGUGCCGUGUCUCCGUUUCACCAGAGUUUUGACAGAUCUAAGAGAAUCAUAGAAGAAGACGAAGAGAAAGAUUUGCCGGAGUUGACGAGAAUAAAAAGAGUGCGACGCGAAGAAAACGCCGACGAAGACGACGAUGUGCAAGCCAGAAUAAAACGCGUACGGAAAGAAACGAAAGUAAUCACUCACCAACUUGAAAAGGCGUUGACGCGUACGAAGAGAAUUGACGUGGAAGCGGAAGAAAAGAAAGACCCGACCGAGUUGGACAGAGUUAAAAGAUAUCGUCGAGAUUUCGAGGAAAACCCAGACGGACUGAAGCGUGUCAAGAGAGUCCGCAAAGACACCGAUGACGAGGAGGAAAACUCCAAGGAGUUAACGAGAAUGAAACGCGUUCGUCGCGACAUCGAGACGCCCAUUAAACGUUCGUUAUUUCGCAAAGGCAGCAGUGGAGAUGCGUUGAAUCGAGUAAAAAGAUUAGAAGCUGCUGGACAGUUCGAGUCACAUGACCCGGAACUCAAGAGGUUUAAACGCGUCAGAAGAUUGGCUGAGACCCCAGAUAUUGAAUUAAAGAGGUUAAGAAAGAGGAGUGAUGACGUCACGCAUAACGCGGAAGAAAGGCUCACGAGAAUGAAAAGAAUGAAAUAAAUGGUAGCAUAUCCUGAGUGUUCAGAGCAUUGGUCCUACCAAAUAUGGUAUGCUUCGCCUUUUAUGGUAUCCACCACCUUAUACGGUAUGAGUCGCAUAUAGAAAAUUACCUUUGCUCGUGUACAGUUAUCACCACUUGAUGGAGGCAAGCGUCCACUACGACCAACUUGCACAACUCUGCUAAACACGUUUUUAUUGGUAAUUUCACUUUCUAUAAACGACUAAUCACAACAUAUUACCAGCGAGGGCGCUAGAUAAUUCAUAUAUAUAUAUCUGUCAGAUUUACAAUUACUACCUUUUAUGUCAUAAAGUUCACCUUUCAGGAUAUGGACAUAAUUAUACCGCCUGAAAUUCAUUUAUUGGAACAUUGUUUUUGAUUAUUUUCCUUAUGAUAUUUAUUAUAAUUAUUUUAUGUAUACCUUACUUAUAAAUUCGUAUUAUUGUCAUUUUGUCGUGUCAGGCGAGUACACAAUUUUUACAUGUUUAUAAUUAUUCACACAAUCGUAAAAGUUGCAUUCCCACUUAGUAUGAUAUGCAGAAACAUUUCGCUGAUCAAUAUAAAUCAUCAAAAUGUGUUUCUCACAUAAUUCAAAAAUCGAAUUCGGAAUGACCGUUCAAAAUAUCAUUGAACUGGCUUAAAGUGUUUGAACAAUAAAAAGUGUGUAUAAUUUCGCACCUUCAGUGCAGGCUAUCUUCAGUAUUUCAUAUUUCGGGAUUUGUUUCCCGGCCAACUGAUUCGAUCUUUUGUUUUCAUUGUUGUCAUAUUAAUUAGUGAAAUGUGUUUUUAAUAUUAAUGCAAAGUGGGAAUUCAACUUCAAUAUGUAUUUAUUUAAAUGUAAUGUUUUUGGUAAGAUAACAAUGACAGAUAAAUUGAUCGAUUUACAAUGCUUCAAUGUUUGUGCUGAAAUGGUAACGCCCUCUACCGGUGAAAGAAAAUUAAUAAUUUCAUAUCAGAUCACUUCCUCCAUUUAUUCAUAUUUGGUAACGCAUUCAGCGAUGAACCACGUGGGACUGGACAUUAGCCGCUCGACAACUCAACCAUGCUCUGUGCCCUUUCUGCCAAUUUCCAUCAGGUGCACAGAUUGGAGUCGAACUCCUGUUAUUACAAGUGGCGAUAGAGGGCGCACGUUUCUGUCGCCUGUACUUUUAGUCGCAUUGAAUCGAUUGAACUGCAAUCUGAUUGAAAUUAAAUGAUCACAGUUUGUUUGUUUGUUCUUUUAAAUUGUGUUUAAUUGUUUAUUUUUAUUAUACAUUUUGUUUUCUUUUACUUUAUUUUAUUUUAUUUUAAUUUAUUAUUCAUUUGCUUGCAGUUUGUUAUUAA